AACGCUAUCUUCAACCACAUGUUAUCCUCUCUAGUUCAGCACAUCUCAAAUGGGAGGGAACUGGGUGAAGAAAACUAGGCUAUAAUUGCUAACUCUGUCGAAUCAGCACCAGCACAAAGAGCUACUCAGUGGUUCGGUCAUGUCAGACUGCGGAAGAGCAGUUUGCAAAUUAAAAGAGCAAUCUCUUGCUUGAACGCCUAUUUGGUCAUCUGAAACAGUGAGAACGGAUCAUACUUCUUCUGAAAGUUCUUUGCGUCUCCUAGGCUCUGCAGCAUGUUCUUCCGCUUCUCACUUCAACUGAUUUCUGUGAAAUUUAGGAGACUUUUUUUUUAGUUAAUUGGUACAUCUUUUUGCUGUGCAACUGGGGUAUGAGUAGGAUCAAAUAAAUGUUCAAGUACAAUGGUGCAGCCGACCAUUUCUCCUUUCCCAGAUUCAUUCCCUCACGUUUAAUUUAUGCAGUUACGUGUUUUAGGCUUUUACCUGCUGUUUCCUUCAGGUCAGGGAAAUUCCGGUUCUGAAAUUCAGUUCUCCCAGUAAUUAUUUUCAGUGCUCUGAGUACUUGUGAGCAGGACCCUGUAUAUCUAUUUUCCAUAUCCAUCUGAAAGAAUAUUUGGUAGCUCUAGCUCAACAUCUGUCGGAGUAUUCAGGUUUCCUAAGGAGAGACCAACUUCCAACUCCAUAUAACUAAAGCAGGUUCAUUCUAUUGUGGUAGGUAUAGCGCUUAAUAAUUCACCGGAGACAGACAAUUGAAAAAUGGAGAAACCAAGAGCAACGCCAUCGGAGGUAUUCGAACUGCCUCCAAGUCACGAUGUUGGCAGCAGCAGAAAGGGUAAGGGGUCUGAGACACGAGAUCAAGGUGGUUUAGAAAACACUUCUAAUAUUGCUUCGACGGUCAUUAGCACAGAGACAAGCGUGAAAAAGUGGAUGGCAUUUGACAGAGAGGCCGUAAGCAAGCCCGAGCCCGGCAGUUCUAAUUCAUUUGGUGAUCAAAUUAUAAGAACUAAAGCUGGCAUAGCCGCAAGGACAGCAGAGUGGGGUGUGGUGGUGCAGGCAGACGUGGGAGAAGGUAUCUUCAGUGCAGCAGGGGGUACGAAAAACGAUAUGUCGAGGUCAUCAGACGAUGGAGACGGAGUCGUCGGAGCGGAUCAGUCGAGCAGGACAUCGGACGAAUCAAAUUAUGGAUAUGAAAGAUCAUCGGGGGCCUUUCCGAGAGUAUCACAAGAGUUGAAGGAGGCUUUGGCAACUCUGCAGCAAACAUUUGUUGUAUCCGAUGCAACAAAACCAGACUGCCCCAUCAUGUACGCCAGCAGCGGCUUCUUUACCAUGACCGGUUAUUCUUCAAAGGAGAUCAUUGGAAGGAACUGCCGAUUUCUUCAGGGUCAGGAAACAGACAGGAAUGAAGUGGCCAAAAUACGAGACGCGGUUCAAAAUGGGAAGAGCUACUGUGGAAGGCUCUUGAACUACAAGAAGGAUGGUACCCCUUUCUGGAAUCUUCUCACUAUCUCCCCUAUCAAAGAUGGUACUGGGAAAACCGUCAAAUUUAUUGGAAUGCAGGUGGAGGUCAGCAAAUACACUGAAGGUGUUAAUGACAAGACAUUACGGCCGAAUGGGUUGCCCCAGUCAUUAAUCCGUUAUGAUUCUCGUCAGAAGGAGAAGGCUUUAGGGUCGAUGACAGAGGUUGUGCAAACUGUAAAACAUCCCGGAUCUCACAUCCGGGCUAUGAGUCAUGAUAGUACCAGCAAGCAUGAAGAACAGGAAAAUUUCAACCUUGAUUAUGCUCUGCCAAAAUCUGCUGAAAUUCAGAAUAUGAAUACACCAAGCAGACAAACUCCUCGAUCAGAUUCCAGGGGGUUUAAAGGGAGGUCUUUGAGCUCUGUAGGGAGGCUUGAAGAGAAGCCAAGUAUAGAACAAGAGGUUUUGAUGACUAAAGACGUAGAACACUUGGACAGUUGGGAACUUGCUGAUAGGGAAAGGGAUAUACGCCAAGGAAUUGACCUAGCAACCACAUUGGAACGCAUUGAAAAGAACUUUGUGAUCUCUGAUCCUAGACUUCCUGACAACCCGAUUAUAUUUGCAUCUGAUAGCUUUCUCGAAUUGACUGAAUAUACACGUGAAGAAAUCUUGGGAAGAAACUGUCGAUUUCUUCAAGGACCUGAAACAGAUCAAGAAACUGUGUCAAAAAUUAGAGAUGCCAUUAGAGAACAGAGGGAAAUCACUGUUCAGUUGAUCAAUUAUACUAAGAGUGGAAAGAAAUUCUGGAAUUUAUUUCACUUGCAACCGAUGCGUGACCAAAAGGGUGAACUUCAAUACUUCAUUGGUGUCCAACUAGAUGGAAGUGAUCAUGUGGAACCCCUGCGCAACCGCCUCUCAGAGACAACAGAGCAGCAAAGUGCCAAAUUGGUCAAAGCCACUGCAGAAAAUGUUGACGACGCUGUCAGAGAACUUCCCGAUGCCAACUUGAGACCAGACGAUUUGUGGGCAAUUCAUUCUAAGCCUGUUUUUCCAAGACCUCACAGAAAGGAUAGUCCUUCUUGGAUAGCAAUACAAAAGAUCACUGCACGUGGGGAAAAAAUUGGGCUACAUCAUUUUAAGCCCAUAAGACCAUUGGGUUUUGGAGAUACGGGCAGUGUCCAUUUGGUGGAGCUGCAAGGUACGGGUGAACUGUAUGCUAUGAAGGCAAUGGAAAAGUCAGUAAUGCUUAACCGUAACAAGGUUCAUCGAGUAUGCAUUGAGAGGGAAAUCAUUUCACUACUUGAUCAUCCUUUUCUUCCAGCACUCUACACAUCAUUUCAGACUUCUACACACGUUUGUUUGAUAACAGACUUUUGCCCUGGUGGAGAACUGUUUGCCUUGCUUGAUAAGCAGCCGAUGAAAAUUUUUAAAGAGGAAUCUGCAAGGUUCUAUGCGGCGGAGGUUGUCAUUGGCUUGGAGUACCUCCACUGUUUAGGAAUAAUUUAUCGUGACCUGAAGCCUGAAAAUAUCUUGCUCCAGAAGGAUGGACAUGUCAUACUGACUGACUUUGAUUUAUCAUAUAUGAUAUCGUGUAAACCUCAAAUUCUAACAUACUCACUACCUAGUAAGAGGAGGAGAUCUAGGAGUCAGCCACCGCCAACAUUUGUUGCAGAACCAGUUGCCAAGUCAAACUCAUUUGUUGGAACUGAAGAAUAUAUUGCUCCUGAAAUUAUUACAGGUGCAGGACAUGGUAGUGGCAUUGAUUGGUGGUCUCUUGGUAUCUUGUUGUACGAGAUGCUCUAUGGUCGUACACCUUUUAGGGGGAAGAACAGGCAGAAGACAUUUUCCAACAUAUUACACAAAGAUCUGACCUUUCCAAGCAGCAUUGCUGUAAGUCUUACAGCCAGACAGUUGAUUAAUGCCUUGUUGCAAAGAGACCCUGCAAACCGGUUAGGAUCAAGCACUGGUGCCAAUGAAAUCAAAGCACACCCUUUUUUCCGUGGAAUUAGUUGGCCUCUGAUCCGUUGCAUGAGCCCUCCGCCAUUAGCUACACCUCUUCAAUGCAUUGGAAAAGAUCCAAACGGCAAGGAAAUACGGUGGGAAGAUGAUGGAGUGCUUGUUCAUUCUAUGGACCUGGAUAUUUUCUGAAGGUUUGUAUUGAUUGUUAAUUGAAAUUAGAUCAACAUUACGCUCAUCUUCUUGCUGUCUCUGCAAAUAGAAGCCAGAAUUUGAAGUAUCUUACUGAUCCACUUCAGUGUUUACCAUAACUAUCAUCUUUCCUGUAUCGACCGUGCUGGAAGUUAUUGUGUUACGUAAAUUAAACCAUGUGACGUUGGAAGAUGGGGCUACCUCAACUUGGAAGAUAUUUCAGAUCUUGGAAGAAAAGAGAAACAGCAUCAGGAAGAUUUGCUUUAUGAUUUAUUUCGGCUGUAUAAAAGGGAAAGGGUGUAUGGGAGGUAUCAACGAAUGAAUUAGCACUUGCGCAGCCUCUAUUCAAUCUUACUGGGUAUUAUUCCAUAGAGAUCCUGUAUUUACCAGACUCUUAAUAAAAUGUUCUGAAUAAUUCUAAA